ACUGCACUCACUCUCUUUUAUCUUCCCCCGACAAAUGAUUUUGGGGAUAGUUCUAGUCUAACCCUAACUGAGAUUUACGAUUGUUCUGACUGCAAAUCCGUGUCCAAAAAUUCAACCUCUAGUGACAGCGAAUUUCGAGAGACAAAACAUACUUCACUCCUUAGGUGAACACAUAACAACAUUCUCAAAAGUACUCGCUAUGAAGCGGCAGAAGGGUGGUGGUCUAAGUAUUUCUCAUCGCGUUACGCGAUCCACGACCACAUUUGAUCGAAACUCACUCACGCUUCCCGUUGAGAUCGUAACAGAGAUAUUCUUGAGGUUACCGUUGAAGUCUAUAGCGAGAUGUCGCUGCGUAUGCAAGCUCUGGUCCUCCGUGAUUCGCAGCCAAGACUUCACAGACUCCUUCUUCACCAAAUCAUGUUCUCGGCCUCGGCUUCUUUUCGUCUUCGACGAUGAAGAUGAAGGAGAGAUUCACUUCUUCUCGUCAUCUCAGCCUAAAGACAAUUCGUAUGUCGUUGCCACCAAUCAUAUUGCACGUUCCCCAGAUUACUAUAAACUGUUUGGUUGUACCAAUGGCUUCUUCUGUUAUGGAGCUAGACAAGGCAGGAACAAACCAGUGCUUGUCACGGUGAUAUAUAACCCCAGCACAGGACAGUCCUUUACAUUACCAAGACUGAACCCAAAGUUGAGAUACGCAGUGCGAAGCUAUCUUGGAUAUGACCCCAUUGCAAAACGGUUCAAGGUAUUGUCUGUAUGUGAUGAUGGUAAGGAGUUCCAUGUUCUGACAUUAGGAACCAAGAAACUGUCAUGGAGGGUGGUCGAAUGUUGCAUCCCACACUGUUCUUCUCAUAAGUGGAUAUGCAUCAGUGGCGUUUUGUACUAUAUAGCUACAGAAUCCACGUCUUCAGUGGAAUCUAUGGUAGUUUGUUUUGAUUUGAGGACUGAGAAGUUCAGCUCUGUGAAGCUCUUGGGAGGUUCCAAUAAAACACUGCCUGAUUCAACAACUAUGAUAAAAUAUGAUGGCAGAUUAGGUUUGCUUAUGUCGUCAUCUGAAGAUUCUGGGUAUGUUAGUCGAUUAUGUAAAAGUUUUAAGCUGUGGGUUCUUCGAGAUGCUGCAAAACAUGAGUGGUCCAAGCGUGUAUACGUAUUACCACCUCUGUGGAAGGAUGUAGUUUCAGAGGACAUGUUCAUUGCUGGAAUGGUUGGUACAAGUGAAAUCGUCUUAUCCCCAUUCCACCAAGAAGUGCCUUCCUAUGUCAUCUACUUCAACGUGGAGAGCAAGACGGUCAGAAAAGUUGGAAUCCAAGGAAUGGAUGCUUUUCAGGGUGAGAUGAUAAACACCCAUCUCAACUAUGUUGAGAAUGUGGAGCUUCUUUAAGCAUUUCAAGUUAGAUCUAGUGUAGUAAGAGAGAGGCACAAGUUUGCUUAAGCUUGCCAGAGAAUGAUGUUUGUCCAGACCCUUGUAGAAGAUGAUAUGGUAGAUCACAAGUUGUAAACCUAUUUCUUUUGCUGUUUAAGUUUGUGUGGAGUAGAAUCUUAUCAUUAAGUCUAAA